AUGUCUGCUCCGAAAUUGACUGCUGGGCCUGCGGGAAGGCCUCUCACACAAUCGGUCUCUACGUUCAUUCCCGCCGAUAUCGAUGCUAGUCAUGAGGUUCUUGAUGCCUCAUUCGUCACACACACCAUUCCAGACAUUAGCCCCGAUUCCGGAGUUAUCGGUCUCUGCGCUGUGCCUCUCGAGCGUGCAGGUACUGAUGACCUCGGUUGGCACAUUGCCGACUUCUUAGCAUUCAAAGCACUCCUCUGCGGCGAGACUCACUCGAAAGCUCAGGCAUGGCUUUCCCAGUGUGAUGUUGUCAGCAUCGUAAAGGAUAACCCUGAACAUUACGCCCAUGGUAAGGACCAUCGCUCAGUUAAUGUGGCUGCAAUGCCCUCUUCUUACACCGACCGUCAUGGAAAUCGUCAGGAACGAGACGACGAGAUUAAGGUUGAGCCAUCGGCCGAAAAACUCGUACAGGAUUUCCUUAUGGCCCUUUCGGAUAAGUCCAGGCUCGUUAAAGGGAAGGGUCUUCCCCUAGUCAUUAUCAUUUGUGGCCUUACUACACCAGAGCAAGACGUCUUCUUUGGUAAGACUGAUCCCAAGUUUCAGGUUACAAGUGAGCAAAUGCGCGAGGCACUUGGAGAGCAUGCUGAUGUUGUCGUUAUCACCCCUGCUCUAUUCUCUGCAGGUUGGCUGGUCAAUCCGACCUUUUGUCAACCACCGGCUAGAAAAAUGCGGGCCGAUCGCACAGAGUUCCUCGCAAGGCAAUUUGGUGCAAUAUUUGCAAAGGAUGUUGUUGAAAGCUUCCUAAGUUGGUCAUGUCCCUUUAUUGACUGGGAUCAACUUGACAAGAAGAAGGAUGGCAGGUUCCCCGGUCCGGCAAAGCCUUCACAGCAGCAGCAAGAUGCGAUUGUAGCUUUCAAAGUACAUAUCCACAACACCCUCGCAGGACGAUUGUCCGCCGGGCAUAGAGACCACUCCUUUAACUUUGAGGCAGAUAACGAUGACUGGCAGAAGUUGGUUGGUCCCCGUCAGCACAAGCCAUUGAGCCACUUCAAACAGAAGUGGGAGAAGCUUGGAGUAGGUGCUAUGGCUUCAGCGAAAGAGCAGCGACUUGAGUUUCUUGGAGGCGCUUUCGGUGGCAAUAAGAAGUCCCAGGAAAAACAUAUAAAGCACCUUGUAUAUGACUCGUUCACUGCUUGGCCCGGAUAUUGGGCGUUACCUUUUGGUCGAAGCGCUAGAGCCGCUUUCUACAUGUUUCUUGGAAACCAUCAUCCGGAUUACAGAGACUGCCACGAAAUUUUUAAUAUCAUAGAGCACCGCUCUACUUCAGCCGUGGUUGCAGACAUGACCUUGAAAUACUUUGGUUUCUCAAAACCAUAUGGAGAACGAUGCAGAGACUGGGAUGAGCCAAAGUGGAUAAAAGAGUCAACUGAUUCCACACACCUGGCUGUUAAUCGGCUAUUUGGAGAAAUCAGCAAUUACAUUCCUAGGGUUAAUGUACCUCCUGGUGUCAAUCCGAACCACCUCAGCGUCAUUCAAAGACGGCUAGAGGUUCCUGCCUCUUAUUUGUCAGUAGCCAUAUAUAACCACUUCCUUACUCGUACAGGAUCCUCUCAGACAGUAGUAAAGAGCAUCUCUGGCUUUUUUGAAGAGAUUAAAGGUCGCCAGACUGAGCUACUGCUUAAGGAUCCCAUGUUGCACGAUAAAUGUAGUAUUUGGUUGGACUCAAUUCACCUACCUAUUCGCCGUCAAGACCCAAUUAUGCCUCCUGUGACUACGAAGUCCCCGAUAGAGAGCCCACACGUCGCCCACCAGACCCCUCGAACUUUGAAUAGCGAAGUAGUAGCCUUGAAGUCUCCGACCACAAUUUUACAGACCGAAAAGGCUUCUGAAAUUAUCUCGCCGCCUCAAUCCAAGGCCAGUACGAGACUAGCUGGUCUUUCUAAUAAUCUCCCUACUGAGAUGAAGGAACUACUUCCCGCUAUUGACCCACAAAUAGCCAUUCGGACACUUACCCAAGAGAAGGAGGAUUUGAUCAAAGAGCUUACGAAAGCUCCGCCCGGCAAACUCGUAGAAAUUCGGGAAAAGAUAGCAGAGAACUAUAGUCUUUUAGCUUUCAUGGAAGACAUAGCUCGAAAAAAGGAGACGAAAUCUAAGAAUGGCGCGCAUGAAUCUGAGAAGCGCAUCGAAGUUGUAUCGCCAUCCAUCCACCAGGGUGCUUCUCGCGUUCAUAGUCGCGAGGGCGCGCUCCAGCCAUCUCACGUACAACAAGACCAGAGCCCUGAGCAACAGACGCCCCCUCAUCUCCGAGGUUCUUCAGAGGAUCCCGAUACGAAACCACAUGCUCGACGUCGUUUCGAGGAGUCAGCCGAAGAGAAACAAGCCGGCGACGUGUCCCAGCUUGGCUCGGGAAAAGGAGGUGCCUCCAGCUCACCAAAUGGAACGAAACCACCAUCACCCACUCAGCGCACAACGCAGAACGAAAACAAACCGAUGAAGCAGUCUGACAUAUGGGUCCCGCCCCAUCUCCGUGGCCUAUAA